AUGAUAAACAAUUUAUCAGUUGGCACCUUGUUUAUAUAUUUGACAGGAACCAAAGCCGUUGUAGAUGACAUCCUACUCAUUCCCACAGAUGAUUACUUAUCUGUAGAGCAAGAUGAAUCUGCAGAAGUUUGUGAAAUAGAAAUUCACAGUUCAAGCGGAGAUCUUCUUUUGGUUUCCAUCACGAAUUUCCUCAUGUUUUCACACAGAAGACCAAGAAAUCCAAAUGAUAUUAUUGUGAGGAACAACGACAUGCAAUUUAUUUUAGAUACUAAGCCGAAGGGAUACCAGCUCAUGAAGACUCCAAUAUGGCUUAUCAUUCCAAUGAAUUUAAACUUUCGUUCGAUUUUUUUGUUUUCCAAUCCCAGAGAUUGUACAUCUGAAAACACUAUGCGAUGUCCGGAGUAUAGUCUCUGUUAUAAUUGCUCAAAAUACUGUUUCUCAACAAAUUUGGAGUGUGAUGGGCUUGAUACUUGUGGAGAAGAUGAAUCGAGUUGCACUUUUAUAAAUGCAAGAAUAAUCAAAAGAGUUCCUGAAAAAUAUUCAUUUUUCCAGCCACGCACCCCUCACACAUCUUAUCGGUACGGUAGGGAUGCUCUUUCAUCCAGUCAGAUCAUGCUCAUUGGAUUUUUCGCAUUGAAUGGCUCAUUUAUAGUAUUUUUCCUGAUACUAUCACUCUGUUCCGCUGGAAUAUUCUAUCGUUGUCCGUGGUACGCGAAGAACAGCAAAGCUUCUCGUCACACCUUCAUCCGAUAUCUUCGGGAAGCAAUUCCUCCUGCACUCGCUGCUCCCAACCCGCCACUCGAUCAGGGGGAGCAACCGAAGAUAGAAGAUGACAAAAUGUUGACCGUACCAGCUACUCCUCCGAGACAUACUCGUCACCGUCACUCUAUUCUUAGCAGAAUCAAUUUUCAACCAGCUCCGGCUCUCAGUGAAAUUGAACCAGAAGUGGAGGAUCGAGAACAAUCGCCGCAAGAGUCAAUUUGUGAGCCGCCUGCACAUCAGCCAGAAGUAUUUCUUCGGCGUCAGAGUUUACCAUUUGGGCUGAACGCUGUUCCACUUCCAGCUGAUUUGAAUUCGAAGAUCUUGGAGAAGAAAACACGUUUUGGUUCGAGAGCAAUGUCUUUUCAACAUUAA